GAAUCACACAGGUAGAGGGAUGUCUUUCAUCUUCUAGAUUUCGGUGGGCAGAAAUCUUUAUUCGAGCUCGAACAGCCUUAUUUUCUCUCCUUCGCUCUCCCAGUGCGCCCUCUCGUUCUAUUGCAAGCCUACUGUAUUUCUGCUGCAGAGUGGGGCGUGUGACGUCAACGAAUGCUGGAGCGGCUCUUUCGCUCGAGCGAGAAAUGGGGAGAAAAUUGCAAGACAAACUCCGCCUACCCAGGAGGCCCGGGAGAUCUUAGACCAAAUCAAGUGCGCCUACUGGCUAGCCAAUCGGCUAGCUCAACCACCGUGCCUACAGAGCUUCCCCGGCCACAGCAAAGUUUGAUACAAACCUAUUACCACAGAGACUGUCAAAGAAUACAGCGAAGAGCUGCUGUUUUUAUGGGGCCAAUGGUAAUGGUGAGGCAGAAGUAACGGUGACAAGAGGAACAAAUCAACAACCUAAGAAGUUUCUGAAUCUGUGUGUGUCAGACCUCCAGUAUGUGUGAUGGCGUAAAUGGCCUUUGGUCGUCUUCUCGCCUCCCUCAGACAUCCCUCUUCCUUCUCGCCCUCAUCUAACUCCCACCGCCACCCUCAUCUCGCCACCACCAUUUUUGUACCAUGAGAGGAUCCGCCCAGUACUUGGUGAGAGAAAAGCCCGCGGCGUAUCGGCGCCGCUGUGACCCGUGAGGGCCCCCCCCCCCCCCCGGCGGCCUCUCCCGGAAUGGCUUCUCUGGACCUGCCCUACCGCUGUCCUCGUUGCGGGGAGCACAAGCGCUUCCGGUCGCUGUCCUCCCUCCGUGCCCAUCUGGAGUACAACCAUACCUACGAGACGCUCUACGUGCUCUCCAAGUCCAACAGUGUGUGCGACGCAGCUGCGCUACUCCCCCUGGUGGCCGACGGAGACCUUCUCCUCGCUCCUUCUGUCCCCGGCAUUAACCGCAGCAACAACGUGAACGACCCCUUCGACGGUCUUCAACUCCGGUCUUCCGCCUUCAGGGACUUCAAGGAGCGCCGCUUCCCGUGCCGCGAGCUUCCCUGCCCGGACGACCUCGGCGGUUUAUCCACAACUUCCAACGCUGCGGCUCGCUACAUCCCCAGUGUAGAGUUCCCCCUGGGGGAGAUCUUUGUGAAGAAAGCCAUGAGCGCAGCCGGGGACCCCCACGGUUCCCACGGCAACCAAAGCACGGCCGUGGCAGUGGCGGCGAAUGUGGCUGCGAGCGCGGUGGAGGCGGCCUAUGAGGAGGGCUUGGCCAGGUUGAAGGCAAGAGCCUUUGAGCGUCUGGAGCUGGACGAGAGGCUGGAGAAACUCUCAGAGGAGGUGGAGCAGAAGAUAGCUGCACGCGUGGGCCGGCUCCAGGCGGAGCUGGAGAGGAAGAGCUGCGAGCUGGAGCGGGCCAAGCAUGAGAGCGAGCGGCUGGGCCAGGAGAAACAGGACCUGGAGGACAAGGCGUCGGAGCUCUCCCGCCAGGUGGACGUUUCGGUGGAGAUGCUGGCCAACCUCAAGCAGGACCUGGUCAGCAAGGAGGAGGAGCUCACCCACAAACAACAGGAGGUAACCCAGAUAGACCAGUUCCUCCAGGAUACGGCGGCGCGGGAGGCCAACGCCAAGGUGCGCCUGCAGCAGUUCAUCGAGGAGCUCCUGGACCGUGCCGACCGUGCGGAGAAACAGCUGCAGAUCAUCAGCAGCUGCGGGACCACGCCCAACGGCAGCAUGGGACGCUGCAGCCUGCCCGGCUCCAACAAGGGCUCCAACAAUGGACGCCAGAGGAACUCCAGCAUCUCAGGGACGUCCAGGGGCAUGUACCAGGUCUCUGACCGACGAUCCUCUCCCAGCACCGGAGCGUCGGGACGGGUCAAGUCCUUCUCCCAGGGCUCGGGCGGGGGCUACGACAGCGGCGACAGCGUGGAGAUGCACCCCAUGGAAGAGUGCCCCGAGGGCCAGUACUACCACGUCCAGUGUCGGCUGGGGGAAGGGGGCGGACAGGGAGGGGGCGGACAGUGCUACGAGAGGGGCGGGGGGUCCCGGAGCUGGGGGCUCCGCAAGCAGGCCAUCCAGAACUGGCAGCGGAGACCCUACCGGAACAGCACGGAGGGGGAGGAGGGUGAGGAGGGUGACGUGUCGGACGUGGGCUCCAGGACUACCGAGUCGGAGGCGGAGAUGUGGGAGCAGCAGGAGAGGAGGGCCACCAUGGCCGAGACGCAGCAGUCUGGAGCGCCGAGACCAUCUGGAUACCGCCUAGGCACAGGGCGGUCCGAGGGGGGCUACCGCCACAACAAGCCGUGUCGCCACGACAAGAGCCUGUCCCGGUCCAACAACGAGGUGAUCAGCCCGGAGAUACUGAAGAUGAGGGCGGCUCUGUUCUGUAUCUUUACCUACCUGGAUACCAAGACCCUGUUGAGGGCCGCGGAGGUCUGCAGGGACUGGAGGUUUGUGGGCCGCCACCCUGCCGUGUGGACCUGGGUGCUGCUGGAGAACGCCCGCAUCUCCUCCAAGUUCCUGAGUACACUGUCCCAGUGGUGUACCCAGACCCAUUCCCUCAUCCUCCAGAACCUGAAACCACGACAGAGGGGCAAGAAGGAGAUCAAGGAGGAGUACCUCAAGAGCACACGGGGUUGUCUGGAAGAGGGUCUGGAGUCCUUGCUGAAGGCUACAGGAGGGAACCUGUUGAUCCUCAAGGUGUCUCAUUGUCCCAACCUGCUAACUGACCGCUCUCUGUGGCUCGCCAGCUGCUACUGCCGAGCCCUGCAGGCCGUCACAUACAGGAGUGCCACAGACCCUGUAGGACAGGAGGUGAUCUGGGCUCUAGGAGCAGGCUGUAGAGACAUUAUCUCCCUCCAGGUGGCACCACUACAUCCAUGCCAACAACCGGCUCGCUUCAGCAACCGAUGCCUGCAGACCAUUGGCCGAUGCUGGCCGCACCUCAGAGCCCUGGGCGUGGGCGGGGCAGGCUGUGGCAUUCAGGGACUAGCCUCGUUGGCGAGGAACUGCAUGCGUCUGCAGGUGUUGGAGCUGGACCAUGUGAGUGAGGUCAACCAGGAAGUGGCAGCUGAGGUGUGCAGGGAGGGUCUGAAGGGCCUGGAGAUGCUGGUCCUCACCUCCACCCCGGUCACCCCUAAGGCCCUGCUUCACUUCAACAGUGAGUACACCCUACUACACUGCAUAGUACACUACAUAGAACACUACAGGGAGGGUCUGAAGGGCCUGGAGAUGCUGGUCCUCACCUCCACCCCGGUCACCCCUAAGGCCCUGCUUCACUUCAACAGUGUGUGUCGUAACCUGAAGUCCAUCGUGGUGCAGAUCGGUGUAGAGGACUACUUCGAGGACCCCAACAGCCCUGAGGCUAGGAAGCUCUUUGACGAGAUGGUGAACAAGCUGCAGGGCUUGAAGAAGAGACCGGGCUUCUCCAAAAUUCUGCACGUGAAGGCGGACAUCCUCUGCUAACCCCUUUCACCACUCAGGACCCCACCAAAGAAGGGUCGGCCAUUUUGUUUCCAGCCACACCAACAGAACAGACCCUGUCAUUUGAAACCCCUUGACGUACCAGUCAGCCAACACACACACAUAACUGAAGAGGAAAUUCAGCAACUGUUGGAGAAAGUGGAAGUUGUUAAACAUGCUGCUUUUUAGUUAAAAAUAAAAACCAAUGUGUUUUCGGCCCUUAGCCUUGACUAAAAGACAGACACAUAUACCACAGACAGAUAGAUCCUACAUAGACCAUUACAAUGCAUUACAGAACAGAGGAUAGACAAGACAAGGGGCCUGGGCGGGGCCUGGGCAGGGCCUGGGUAGGUUAGGCCCACACCUUACCCUGGAGCAUGUAAACCCAGUGGAGAUUCUCAUGAAGGGACCAAACCCUCCUUUACCAUAGAUAUGUACUAGAGAGCUCAUCUCCUAUCUUUUCAAUGCCUGCUUUUUUGACCAAAUGGGCAGCAACAUUGAGGGCUAUCUCCAUUUUAAAGUAGUACAUUUUGUGUCCUCUAUCCAACUUUAUGGUGGGGUAAAGACAUCAUCAGACAGGUAACAAGACCAGGGGCCCGUAAGUCUCCGCGAAAGCAAACAGGGACCCUGCCUGUGAGUUGCUGACCUGCCAAACAGAUUUGAAACAUAAACUCAGCAGGACUAUUGGACUUUGUAGAUGCUGUGAUCUCAGUGGCCAUUUUGAUUUCAACUGAGAAAAGAGCUGUAAGCAGGAGGACCUUUUAUUCACUGAGAGCAUUGCAGAGAAUGUGUCUGGGAUGCUUUUUUAUCAAGAUGCUAAACAGUUAGUUAAAAUAGACCCUGUGUGUGUGUGUGUGUGUGUGUGUGUGUGUGUAAGGGAGGGCAAUACAUGACAUACCAGCUGCAGACUUGGUCGAACAUAAAACGAGAAGAUAUCUUGUCACCUUGAGAACAUUUUUAUUCCAAGGUCUUUAUCGGCCUAUCAGCCACUCCGUGGUGUGGUCGCCAUGGGAACGGUGCAGUAUUGAACACUAGGCCCAUCCUCAGCAUGAUCCUCAGCCGAGCACCAUCUCUCGCACACCCGUGGAUUUUUCAGCUGUCAAUUACUUUUGUCUGUGGAACUCUUACGGUAUCUAUAGGCCGGUUGGGUCCAUAAGGCAGCUGCUUUUUAUUUGUUUUUAAACAGGGUUGCAAAAUUGAUUCAUUAUGCCUUCAUUUCAGAAUCGAUGCCAUUCAUAGCCGUGUCUGUCCUAUCUUCCUUUCGUAAAAUGGUUUCUCCAGUGUGCCACUAGUCUAUAGGAGCGUUGUAAAGGCAGGCGUUCACCCUAUACAAAUAACUAGCCACUAGCUCUGUAAGCUGCAGUGAAUUACAUGCAUAAGCUACAUCCCCAAUGCACCCUAUUCACUUGGUAGUGUAAUACGUUUAACCGGGGCUCAUAAGGCUCUGGUCAAAAGUAGUGCGCUGAAUAGGGUGCCAGUUGAGAAACGGCUAUAGCCUACAUCCAGUGCACGCAAACCACAACUUCCAUGAGCACAAAGUUGCUGAUCGUUGACUGACAUGAUGCAAUUUAUAUGUUAACUGGCUAUAAACAUGAUGUAUAAUACAUGUAUAUAUGUUACAGCCGUUUAUUAUGAUAUAUAUACGCUGUUGUAUUUACAGCCAGUACACCGGAAGGGCGUUUUAUUGUCCGCCCAUUGCGUAGAGUUGGAUAGAGAGCACAUAUUUGCCUUUUUGCCACAAUGGCUUCAUACGUGUGCCCUCUAUCCAACUUUAUGGCCAGUUGCAAUUUGUUCGAUGUCAUAGAUCAGCUGACUCUCUGGAGCCCUAUGCUGAGCAGGAUGACGACGACACACAGCUGGUGGAGAAGUAGGAAGUGUCUCUGGAUGCCUCCCAAAUUACUCUGGUCAAAGGUAGUGCACUAUAUUGGGAAUAGGGUGACAUUUGGGAUGCUGCCUUGAUCUCAAUUGCCUCAAAAAUCCUCUUCCUGUUUCUUCAUCUGCACUGAUUGCCUUGUCAAGUGAAAACAAAAUGGUGGAAGCUCAUCGUUAGGCUGUCUUACACCUGAGCAGUUAUUUUCGCUCAGUGCAAUGAUGGGAGAAGAGGACAGAGUUAGCCUGUAUGGAUCCACUCGCAAUACUGUACCGUUAAUGCAUUCAAGCAAGUCAUCGAGCUGAGCUCAGGCAACAAUGCAUAUCGACCUCAAACCAUGCACCCAGCCCAGGGAGGCAUCUCAAGUCUAAUGUGGACUCCUUCUGACAGAAGACAACAGUCGGAAGCUGAUCCUCUGGUAGGCUUUGACUUAUCCUUUUGUUUUGUAGGUGUUUGUAGAUCAAGGAAAGGAAACGAGAGAAAGACAUUUUAGGCCAUUGAGAUGCAGCCCGUGUGCUGGUUUCACGUAAUUGUUUUUAGUAAAGAGAGAGAUGUUUUUAGUAAAGUUGAGCACCGAGUUCUGUUCCAAGUUACGGGCUGGUCUGUUUUAGUAGUGCUAGCCUGACAUGAACACACACACACACACUACAGUUGUGGUUUCUCACCUCUCCAUGUUCUCUUCCAAUACUGAAUAUUGUACUGCCUUGCCCCUCAGAGAUUGAAAAGGGGUUUCAAGUGAAAGGUGUUUUUAAAGUCACUGUCACAAUAGAGAAAACACAAUGCACUUGUUUAUUUCGGGUGUGCUCCAAAUGGCACCCUUUUCCCCCUGUGUAGUGAACUGCUGUACGUUAGACCAGGGCCCAUAGGUCUCCGGGUCAAAAGUAGUGCACUAUAUAGGGAGUGGGGUGCCAUUUGGGAUUCAACUUUAGGGGGUUUUCAGUUCCUGACAAUCUUGUCUUCUGUAAAGGCAUUAAACACUGUACAUAAUGUUGUUUAUAAUAUAAAAAGAUUACUGCAUUUGGUGUUCUAAAAAUUAAGGUCAGACGUAUAAGUAUCGAAAUGACGAAAUCAGAAAUAUUAAGAGUACAGGUGUCCAUUCUGUACGUUUUUUCCCCCUCCAAAGUCGAAAGGAAAGAUUCAACUACAGUGGCAAGACAAAGUAUGUGAACCCUUUGGAAAUACCUGGAUUUCUGCAUAAAUUGGUCAUCAAAUUUGAUCUGAUCUUCGUCUGUCACAACAAUAGACGAACACAGUCUGCUUAAACUAAUAACACACAAACAAUUAUACGUUUUCAUGUCUUUAUUGAACACACCGUGUAAACAUUCACAGUGUAGGGUGGGAAAAGUAUGUGAACCCUUGGAUGUAUUAACUGGUUGAGCCUCCUUUGGCAGCAAUAACCUCAACCAAACAUGUUCUGUAGUUGAGGAUCAGACCUGCACAACAGUCGGGAGGAAUUUUGGACCAUUCCUCUUUACAAAACUGUUUCAGUUCAGCGAUAUUCUUGGGAUGUCUGGAGUGAACUGCUUUCUUGAAGUCAUGCCACAGCAUCUCAGUCGGGUUGAGGUCAGGACUCUGAUUGGGCCACUCCAGAAGGCGUAUUUUCUUGAAUCCAUUCUGUUGUUUUACUUCUGUGUUUUGGGUCGUUGUCCCGUUGCGCCACCCAACUUCUGUUGAGCUUCAAUUAGCGGAUAGAUAGCCUAACAAUCUCCUGCAAAAUGUCUUGAUAAACUAAGGAAUUCAUUUUUUCUGUCUAUGAUAGCAAGCUGUCCAGGCCCUGAGGCAGCAAAGCAGCCCCAAACUAUGAUGCUCCCUCCACCAUACUUUACAGUUGGAAUGAGGUUCUGAUGUUGGUGUGCUGUGCCUUUUUUAUCUCCACAGUGAUGUGUGUUCCUUCCAAACAACUCAACUGUAGUUUCAUCUGUCCAACAGUGCUGAACUUUCUAAAUUUUUGGACUAUUUGUCUUACUGUGGACUGAUGAACGUCGAGGCUUUUAGAGAUACUUUUGUAACCCUUUCCAGCUUUAUGCACGUCAACAAUUCUUUAUCUUAGGUCUUCUGAGAUCUGUUUUGUUCGAGGCAUGGUUCACAUCAGGCAAUGCUUCUUGUGAAUAGCAAACUCACAUUUUGUGAGGUUUUUUUUGUUAUAGGGCAAGGCAACUCUAAAAAUUGUCGUCAAUCUCGUCUCAUUGAUUGGACUCCAGGUUAGCUGACUCCUGACUCCAAUUAGCUUUUGGAGAAGUCGUUAGUCUAGGGGUUCACAUACUUUUCCCAACCUACACUGUGAAUGUUUAAAUUAUGUAUUCAAUAUAGACAAGAGAAAUACAAUCAUUUUUGUGUUAUUAAUUUAAGCACACUACGUUUGUGACUUAGAUGAAGAUCAGAUCAAACUUGAUAACCAAUUUAUGCAGAAAUCCAGGUAAUUCCAAAGGGUUCACAUACUUUCUCUUGCCACUGUAUACUAUGUAUAAGCGGUAGUGUUGAAGUUUGCAGUUGUGUGCUAUAUAGAUGCUUUAUAUUCAAUGUUCAUCAGAAAUGUGCUAUAGAGAUGGACAUUAUUUAAGAAAGAAAGAGGAUCAAGAUUAUUUGAGCUAUUUAUUUCUAUAAAAAGAGAGGUCUAUAAUGUUGGCAUGUUUGUGUUCAUGCAUCAAUCAUCACGUUGCCUUUGACAUAUUCUGCUGUAGUGGCUGUAGUUCUAAAUUAAUAUUUCAAAAGAUUUUAAGAUUGCUUGCAAAAGUUUCCGCUGUGUUUUAUUUUUAAUACGUCUGUUGCACUAGUGGGGGGAAAAAAUAAGAUGAUACUGAUAUUUAAUAUUAGUGCUGUUUUUUAAUGUUUAAAACGCUUUCUCAGUAUUUGACAUAUUACGAUGCACUUUGUUUUCUAGAGCGCUUUUAGAGGUCCACGUGGUUCUGUAAGAUUAACGAAAAUCACACGUCAGUCAACAUUGUCAUGCCGUUUCCAUGGCUUCCUCUGUCGUGUGAGCGACGGGGUUGGUUUCUCUCUUACAUAGUCGUGAUAAUUGGUUGAUUUGUUUCAACUGAAUGGUGGCCAAUUAGGGGCAAGAAGGUGGAUCACUUCAUGACCAGUAGCCAAUGGCAAUGGAGAGUUUUGAACGUCACACAAUGCGGACCGGACCCUAUUUUAUCGCCUAUAUCUGUCAUUGGCUGUAGAAGUUUCUGGUUGAACCAUGGCCAACCUGGUUCAACUGCAUUUCAAGUCCUGUUGAGGUUAAUUUUACACCAACAUGACCUUAUGCUCAUGAUUGUUAGCAGGUCAUGGCGAGUGUAACUAUGUUUGUGUACUCUGUGUUUUGUGUUGGUUUGCUUUAACGCUUCUUAUCCAAAUGUAUUGUGUGACAGAAGUCCUGCUGAAAUUGUUUUAGAACACGUCCUGAAAACUGAAUCAAAUAAGAGAAUGAGAUUAAGAGUUGAAGAGGAGUCAUUCUGACAAAAACAUACUGUAUGUUUGGGUUCCCCAACUGGCGGCCCCGGGCUGUGAUUUUAUUUGCAUUUUAUUUUAUUACCGAGCAACAACAACAGAACUUGGUUGGACAUAAAGUACUGUAAAAACAACAGCAAAUCAGCUCCAAUUGAUUUUCAUUUAGGAAAUCUGUUCCAAAGUCUUCAAAUCCAACUUUAUUUGUCAAAUGUGCCCAAUACAACAAGUGUAGACCUUACCGUGAAAUGCUUACUUACAAGCCCUUAACCAACAGUGCAGUUCAAGAAGAGUUAAGAAAAUAUGUACAAAACAAAUGGAGGGAGGGGUCAAUGUAAUAGUCCAGUGGCCAUUUAAGCAAGGUUUGAAAUGAUUUUUAGUCAAAUAUACAGUACCAGUCAAAAGUUUUGACACGUACCAAUUCAAAGGUCUUUCUUUAUUUUUACUAUUUUCUACAUUGUAGAAUAAUAGUGAAGACAUCAAAACUAUGAAAUAACACAUAUGGAAUCAUGUAGUAACUAAAAAAGUGUUAAACAAAUCAAAAUAUAUUUAAGAUUUUACAAAGUAGCCACCCUUUGCCUUGAUAGCUUUUCACACUCUUGGCAUUUUCUCAACCAGCUUCUUGAGGUAGUCACCUGGAAUGCAUUUCAAUUAACUGGUGUGCCACCUUAAAAGUUAAUUUGUGAAAUUUCUAUCCUUCUUAAUGCGUUUGAGCCAAUCAGUUGUGUUGUGACAUGGUAGGAUUGGUAUAUUUGCCUAUUUGGUAAAAGACCAAGUCCAUAUUAUGGCAAGAACAGCUCAAAAAUGCAAAGCGAUACGACAGUCCAUCAUUACUUUAAGACAUGAAGGUCAGUCAAUCCGGAACUUUUGACUGGUACUGUAUCUGUUUACCGUAAGGUAAAUGUUUAGCCUACAAAUGAUUUGUAAAUGUUUAGCCUACAAAUGAUUUGUAAUUAUCUUCUAUCUCCCUGGCCAUCCGCUCAAGAAUAAAAUCGGCCCGCGGCUGAUUGUAGUUGAUGAUCCCUGCUGUAUGUUCUACUACCAGGAUCUUAUCCAUAGCUAAGAUUCAAUGUGUCUGUGGUUAAAGAGAGAAUUACCCCAAAUUACAUAGUUUCCCUUACCCUACAAGCAGUCUAUUGACAAGGUAAGUCCAUGCUUUGGUUUUGUUGUACCAGGCCACUGCCACAGACUGCUUAUAAGGUAAGGAAACCAAUGUAACAAUUUGUAAUUUGGUGAACUAUCCCUUUUUAAUGUUUUUAUGACUUGAUUUGGCAACUUAGUCAUUCCGAAUAUCAAAUAAUUUAAUGAUUCCCAUGAUUAAGAUUCCUUGUCGCCAUUUUAUUUUAUUUGUUUAUUGUAAUAAGAUGGUACAUGAUGCUUUCAUUAUUUGUUAUUUUCUAGAACCCUGGCUAUUGUUUCCUAUUGAUACACACACAAAAAUUGUGUAUCUUAAUUUUUGCUCUUUCAAAGCCCAGUUCUGAUCCAUUAAGUAAGGUUGUUUGGGAUAUGGCCAAUCCGUUUUUGUCUGUAAAACAAACUAUUCUACUGUGUCAGGCAUUUGACUGCAUUUUCCUAAGACCAGCUUUGUGCCAAGAUUUUAUGUUCUUAUGUCUCUUUUGUCCCAAAUGGCACCCUAUCCCCUAUAUAGUGCACUUCUUUUGACCAGAAUCCUAUGGGCCCUGAUCAAAAGUAGUGUGCUAUAUAGGGAGUAGGGUGCCAUUUUGGAAACAAAUGUGUCAAGUCUUGUAUAAUUAAUUAGCCUGGAUCCAGAUCUGUUGCUACAUCUUGCCAUGUCAAUGACCAUAGUGAUUGGCAAGAUAGCACAAACAGAUCCGGGACAUAGGCUAGCAUAUGUUUACCUCUUCUGCACAUAUUCCCUGUAUGGAUGAUUGUAUUCUCUGUCCAUUUGUCUGAAUAGUAUUUGAACUCAUUACCUCAACACUUAUCUGGGCAACUAAGUGUGCACAUUCUUUAUUAUUUUGGACAGUCAUUGAUAUUCUGCUCAUUAAUGUACUGUAUCGAAUAUAGGUAUGUCAUGUUGGUAUGACCAGGUUUAUUUCAAACCCAAACGGUCAUUCCCACACCAAUGUUAUGCCGUUCAUCAUCCUAAGACCAUUGCAAUAAAUGAAAAGGUGUUAUUUUCCCAUUCAUAGUCAAAUUCAUCCAUUUCUUAUCAUCAAUAAAAUGGCUUAAAUACA